ACCACAAAGAAAAAAAAAAUAGAAAGAGGAAGCCCUAGUGCCUUCUCUUUCAUCUUCCUCCCAUUUUCACGUGCUCAUUCUUCUUCUCGCCGGCUUCUCCCCUCUCCCGUUCAGCAGUUCAGUGCCGCCGCCGCCGCCGCUACCGCCACACUCACUCCGAGCAGUUUGCACUGAUUUUCUACUGCUUGUUCAAUUUUCUAAAGAUGCCUCGAAGGCCAACAAAGCAGCGCCAGCUGCUGGGAACUCGACCUUUAACUUUUUCCUCAUUUGCUCGAACUUCUUGUAUGGUGAGGAAUCAAAUUUUGAAAUCGAAAGGAAUGAAAUCUCACCCUAAGCACGAAGGUAAUGGUUUUAUUAGGAAUAGUCCUGAGCCUCGGAGUGAAUCAUCCGACUCUUCUUCCAGUGGCGAAGAGUUUGAAGAAGUUCAAGCAGACUUUGCCUUUUUUGAUCCGAAACCUGAUGAUUUUCAUGGGGUGAAGACAUUGCUGCAGAACUACCUAGAUGACACACAGUGGGAUAUUAUUGGAUUUUCUGAUUUAAUAUUAGGACAAACCACCGUUGGUAGUGUUGUCAAGGUAGAGGGGGAUGAAGAUAAUGGAGUAUUCUCUUUUAUCACAGCCCUUAACUUGGAAAGAUAUAAGGACCAUAGAUCUAUACUGGAGCUCAAGGAGUAUCUCUCCAAAGUUUGCAAGGACAAGAAUAUAAAGAAGGACUUGAAGCUACUUCUGAAGGAGCAAGCAUCCAGUGUAGGUCUCAUAGUCUCUCAGAGAAUUGUGAAUCUUCCUCCCCAACUUCUGCCACCACUUUAUGAUGCCCUUUUUGAUGAAAUCUCUUGGGCUAUUGAAGAUGAGCCAACUAAAGAGCUCCAGGAUUCCUUCCGCUUCAAAUUGUAUAUUUUAGUCAGUAAAAUUUACAAGCUCAAGACUACAAAUCAUAAAAAAAAACCAACUCCUAAAACAGAAGAGUCAAUUAUCUAUGUUAAGGCAGAAGAUGAAAUAUUUCACAAGUUGUGUUCAUGGUCUUUUUGCUUUCCCUUGCACGUCCAACCACAGACAACUGAAGAGCUACAAGAUUACCAGUUAAUGGGAAUAGUAAUGGCUGUUGAAGCAAGCAAAGUUCCCACAUUUCGAGAUGAGUUGAAAUCUUUAAUAAGUGAAUCCUAAUAGCAAUUUUUGUUGUAGAACUUGUUAGUAUGAGGAAGUAUCCAAUUUUGUUGUCAAUGUGAGCCGGAUGCUAAUUAGUUGAGUUGUUUAUUCGAGGACUUCUAUUUAUUGCAUGAAGGAUGAAAAAUGUCUUUGAAUUAAAAUAUUUCUUGGCCAAAGAUCCUGUGUAAAUGUGGAAAAAAUUGCUCGUAUCAUAGAUAUUUAUAUUGUUCGAAGUC